GCCUCUGCUAGCGUAUGGUCGUUCGCGUUAGGGGCACGUCGAUUAGGUAUAUCGCGGUGGCGCGUACCGUUCCUCGUGAAAACGAGCCCGGUGACUCCUACACAUCGUUUCCAUCGUUCGCACGAGUCGUACACGCGCGCACGACACGCACGGGUCUCCGAAGUUCCCGGAGUGGCGUUUACAGAGCGCGCUCGCGCGCGCGUUUCUCUCGUCUCUCUGCGCGCAGUGGAUCCGCUUUGAUACGACCAGGCGACACAGGGGGGAGAGACGAAGAUAGAUAGACAGACCGUUGCAGGGGCACAGAGGCGGAGGGAAAAGCCGCGAGAAGAGAAGAGGAGUGUGGAUCGGAGGAUCGAGAAAAAGGGGAUAAGAGAAAUAAAAAAGAAGACGCAUCUUGGUCGGGAUAGAGAAGUGCGUCUGGUGUUCGCGCCAGGCUCGUGAGGCGUCCUUCCGCGUUCUCUCUCGCGCGUAUACGCGCGCUGGAGUAUCGCGCACGGCCAAGUGGUGUGAUUUUUAUUACCGACCGGAGCGCAGUGGUGACCCGCGGGAGGACGGAAGUAGCCGUUCAGUGAAGUUCCUCGACUUUUUCGCGAUCGGUCAACCGGAGACCCGCAGGGAUGACGAGGUAGCCCCCCAUUCCGAGGGAUUGGAUUACCAUGCUGGACACGGCCACGAGUCGCAGGUGGCUGUUAGAAGUUCAUGCUGAAACCGCGAAGAGCACCGAUUGGCAGCAGCAUGCUAGCAAUAUAGCGUUCAAGCAUCGACAGUCUUCUACGUGAAGUGACUUUGCCAUGUUGCUUAGGUGAACGGGAGGGAGGCGGUGCUGACCGGUGGCGGCGGCGGCCAUGCGCCCCGGCCCGCCAGUACAGCCGAGCCGCCGCAGGCCUCCCCGUCGCCAGGAACCCCAUCAGGAACGCAAUCGACGGCACCGGCAAGAUCAUCAUCAACUGCAUCCGCCUCACCCGCGGCCGAACAGCAGCAGCUCGCGGGCCCUGCUGGUGUUGCUGCUGCUGGCCAGCAGCCCUCUGGUCCUGGGCCUGGCCGAACCGCCUGGGUUAUCCGGGGCCGAGUGGCAGCAGGCGCUCUCCAGACAGAUCUAUCCGAAAUCUAGCUUCGGCAGAGCCAUUCAGCCGAGGAAACAGCAAAACCUGACCAUCGGAUACUUAACGGCGAUCAAGGGCGGUUUGAAGGACCGUCAAGGUCUUGCCAUUUCAGGUGCCUUCUCCAUGGCCCUCGACGAGAUCAACAGUGAUCCGAACAUAUUACCGAACGUGCAGCUGGUGAUGAGAUGGAGCGACACGAGGGGAGAGACCGUGGAAGCCACCAAGGCGAUGAUCGAUAUGAUCUGCGACGGGGUUGCAGCCUUCUUUGGACCAGAGGGCUCGUGCUACGUCGAAGCCAUAGUCGCUCAGUCCCGCAACAUACCCAUGAUUAGUUAUAAAUGCUCGGACUAUAAGGCCUCGAAGGUGAACACGUUCGCGAGGACCGAGCCGCCGGACACGCAGGUGACGAAGUCGGUGAUCGCACUGCUGCUUCACUAUGGCUGGAACAAAUUCACGAUCAUCACGGAGAUCGCUUGGUCGACGGUCGCCCGUUCCCUGGAGGAACAGGCGACCGUGAACAAUCUCACCGUGAACCACUACAAAACCGUCGAGGACCGGCACACGUGCUGUGAGGAGAUGCUUCCAUGCUGCCAAGGCAGCGUAUGGUUCCAGCUUAUACAGGAGACUAAAAAUAUGACCAGGAUCUACAUAUUCCUGGGCACGCCGAUGUCACUUAUCGACAUGAUGAACGCGAUGCAGAACCAACGGCUGCUGGACAACGGGGAGUACAUGGUGAUACACGUGGACAUGAUGACGUACUCGCCGCGCGAGGCGUCCAAGUACUUAUGGAAACCGGAAAACUACAACCAACGCAACUGCUUGGAACCGAAGGACUUCCUGAAGAAAGCUCGGUCCUUGAUGGUGGUGGUGUCCACACCGCCCACGCAGAACUACGAGGAGUUCACGAAGAAGGUUCGCGAGUACAGCAGCAAGGAGCCCUUCAACUUCGUCAUCCCCGAACUUCUGAGGAAAUACGAGAAGUAUGUCUCUAUUCACGCGGCGUACCUCUACGAUUCGGUGAAGCUGUACGCGCGGGCGCUGGAUCAGCUGCUGCGCGACCAGCCGAAGCUCACGCUCGAGGAGAUCGCGAGCAACGGCACGCUGAUUAUAGAGACGAUUAUCAGGAAUCAUACGUAUCAAAGUGUCAGCGGCGCGACGAUCAAGUUCGACAAGUUCGGCGACUCUGAGGGGAACUUCUCGGUGCUGGCCCUAAAGAAGGACCCGUUUCGUUUCAACAAUUUCUCCUGUGACUAUCAGAUGAAGCCCGUAGGCCAAUUCCAACAGGGUGAAACNNAGGUGUACAGGCCGUCGGAGGCGAUGGACUGGCCGGGUAAAAAUAAACCGGAAGCGGAGCCAGGCUGCGGUUUCCUCAAUGAACACUGUCCGAAAGACGACACGCACCUGCGCAGCAUCGUGGCCGCCGGCGUGCUCGCGGUCUUGUUGUUCUGCGCUGCGGUGAUCACGAUGAGCAUAUACCGUCGGUGGAAGAUCGAACAGGAGAUCGAGGGGCUGCUCUGGAAGAUCGAUCCCAACGAGAUACACGGUUAUCCUCAUCUUGACAACAUGAUGUCCUCCCCUAGUAAGUUAAGCUUAGUUAGUGCAAUGUCCUACGAGUCAAGGUGCGGCGGCCAGGUGUUCGCGCAGACCGGCCAUUACCACGGGGUAGUAGUCCGUAUAAAGGAGCUGAAGUUCUCGAAGAAGAAGGACAUAUCGCGGGACGUGAUGAAGGAAAUGCGUAUCCUUCGGGAAAUCCGACACGGUAAUCUGAACUCAUUCAUCGGGGCGUGCGUCGAGCCGAUGAGGAUAUUGUUAAUUACGGACUAUUGCGCCAAAGGAAGUCUUUAUGACAUCAUCGAGAACGAAGAUAUAAAGUUAGACGAUAUGUUCAUCGCGUCAUUAGUUCACGAUCUCAUUAAGGGUAUGCUGUACAUUCAUGAGUCAUCUGUGCUAGUCUGCCACGGUAAUCUGAAGUCUUCCAAUUGCGUGGUGACCUCUCGGUGGGUACUGCAAGUUUCCGAUUUCGGGCUUCACGACAUGAGACACUGCGCCGAGUCCGACAGCAUUGGUGAACAUCAGUAUUAUCGAAACUUAUUCUGGAAGGCACCCGAGCUGUUAAGGAAUCCCAAUGCUCCGAUCAGAGGCACCCAAGAGGGAGACAUUUACUCGUUCGCUAUAAUACUGUUUGAAAUCAUUGGUCGGAAGGGACCGUACGGUGGCGUGAAUCUAGAACCCAAAGAAAUCAUAGACCGAGUGAAAAGGUUCCCAGAGGAUGGCGAACCACCGUUUAGACCUAACAUAGAGAUAUUGUCCGAGUCCGAGGCGGAUUGUGCCGAAUAUAUAGUUAGUACGAUUACCGACUGCUGGGCGGAGAGUCCAGAACUCAGGCCCGAUUUCAAGAUGAUUAGGACGCGUUUAAAGAAAAUGAAAGCGGGCCGGCAUCGCAAUAUAAUGGACCAAAUGAUGGACAUGAUGGAGAAGUACGCGAACAACCUCGAAGAUCUAGUCAGUGAACGUACACGCCUUCUUUUCGAGGAGAAGCAGAAGACGGAGGAUCUGCUUCACAGAAUGCUUCCUGAACCCGUAGCUAACUGUUUGACAAAUGGUAUCGGUGUAGAACCAGAGGCCUUCGACCUCGUCACCAUUUAUUUCAGUGACAUUGUUGGCUUCACCGCUAUGUCGGCAGAAAGUACACCGUUCCAGGUUGUAAACUUUUUGAACGACCUGUAUACUUUAUUCGACCGCAUUAUUAAAGGGUAUGAUGUGUACAAAGUGGAAACAAUUGGCGAUGCCUACAUGGUGGUUUCCGGUUUGCCCAUAAAGAAUGGGAACAGACACGCCGGGGAAAUUGCGUCGAUGUCCCUGGAACUACUCAAUGCCGUGAAACACCAUACCAUAGCGCACAGACCUCAGGACACACUUAAAUUGCGUAUAGGAAUCCACACAGGUCCUGUGGUAGCGGGUGUAGUUGGUCUAACUAUGCCCAGGUACUGUCUUUUCGGAGACACGGUGAACACUGCCUCUCGCAUGGAAUCGAACGGCGAACCGUUGCGCAUCCACAUAAGUGGACAGUGCAAGGAUGCUUUGGACAAGAUUGGUGGUUACAUUAUCGAGGAACGCGGUUUAAUUCACAUGAAAGGGAAGGGAGAAGUGAAAACCUACUGGCUCACUGGUGCCACGGAGAAGGCCAUACAAAAACGAGAUGUAGAUGUAGGUGAUCUUCCACCGCUCUUCUGCAGACCUAGGAGGAGUCCAAAAUUGAACUCAGAUUCCCGUCAGGCUUCGUUAUUGGCUGGUCUAGGAGCAGGCAGUCGAAGACAGUCCAGUGUACCACGACCAACGCCUGACGACUCCACGUCACAAUGCGGAGGUUCCAGCCCGGUACCGAGAUCUUUUAAUUCUAGGAAGAUUGAGCGGUCUCCUCUUUACGUAGCCGAUAGCGUGUCGAAGACAACUCUGAACAAUAUCGCAUUGAACGAUGCCGAGACUCGGGCAAUGAAUAUUAAAAUGGCCCUCGACGACCUUCUCAUUGACACCAGGCCAAAGUUCCGCCAGAACGCGAGAGUUCUGUCAACGAUAGCCUCGUCCUCUUCCACCAGCGACUAUCCGUUCCAGAACAUAAUGCGGGAAUCACGAUCUCUUGACCCGUUCCCUCUGGAACUGUACAACAAGAGAUUCGAGUCGCCGAAUUUUUCGUGGAAGGAGCCGAAGAAAAGCUUCCGGUCGCUGGAGAACUGUGACAAGUGUACGCGGUCGAACUCGAAGACCAACAUUUCCGGAAAAGUUUUAAACAACAAUUAUCCAAACGGUAAUGUGAUAAUAGUGCCCCACACCGAUGGUUCUCCUAACGAAGCAGAGACACCGUUGUUAGGGGAUGAGAGUGGCUGUAUCGGGGAGGUGGUACCUGUUAAGCGUUGGCGUUCUUUGGACCAAGUGGCAUCCGUUCCUAGCACGGACAGUGUGCCAGACAAGAAAUCCUCUGCGAGAAAUUCGAUUAGAAGCUGGCUAGUAAAUCUGUUCAGUGGUAAUGGUUUGCGGAACAGCGACGUUUCGUUGAGGCGUGGUGUUAUCGCGGGGUACGAUAUACAAUCAGAGCGUGAAAGCAUAGUUUGAUAAUAUUAUAUAGCUUCUUCUCUCCUCGGUGAGAGGGAACGAGGGAACGCAAGAAUAUGGAACCCUGUGCUAUGAACCGUAUGAGUGCACAAAAAAAACAAACUUUCUUACAAGGUUUACGAGUCAUAAGCAUGAUGUAUUGUUGCCAUUUUUCUUUUCUCUUCUCUUCCUUUUUUUUUAGUAAGUAGAUACGAGGAAUGUAUGGGUAUAAAAGUUACCGAUCGUGUAUAUUUUUAAUACCUAGAUAUUUUAUAGAACUUGUACUAAAAUUACGCGUUGCAUCGGCGGCGAAACGUGUCUUCUACAUAGUGCGGGAUUAUAUCUAUUAGAGAUCUUUCUUCUUUUUCUCAUUUUUUUAAUCCAAAAGUCUAAUGAUGAGAAUAGAAGCGAACUAUUUUAUAAAAAUGAUUAACCAAAGUACACAAACGCAGAGAAUCAUUAGGACAUAUAUCUUGAGUUUAGCACAAAACGAUGAUUCCCUUUUUGUGAUGCAGGAGAAUGCUGACGCGACACGCAUAUACAAUAUUACUGUAGCGUGUUUACGCACGCGACGUUCGAAUCCACGCGAUUGAGGCAUAUGUAUGUAUAUACGUAUGUAUGUAUGUAUGAUGAAUAUAUGUAUGUAUGUAUGAUGUAUGUGUAUGUAUGUAUGCAUGUGUGUACGAUGUAUGUAUAUGUAUAUGUAUAAUUCUAUACUUGUUCACUGAAGGAAAGCAAAUUAUCCGUAUGGCUGUGAAAAGUGAACUAGAUUGUACCUAAGGUGCUUAGUAAUAUAUCAUCUUGUCAAAUGUAUAUAAGUGAAUAAUAAUAUAUCAAUGUAAAGAUAAAAAAUGUAAAUUAAAAGAAAUAUUCUAUAUUCUGUAAGAAUCGAUUAAAGAUACAUCUUUUCAAAUAAUGUAUAAUUUGAUUUUUUUAAUAAACAGUUA